GAAGGUGCUGUCUCUGUCUUUCUGUCUCUCCCUGUCUUUCUUCUUCUCUCUAAUCUUUCUGAUAUUCUGUUGUUUUUACCUUUCUGAUGUGUGUGGUGAAGGCAUGGGCUUUUAGUCAGCUAUCCAACACGGAAAAUCCAGAUAAAUCAAGGACUUACAGUCUCCACUGGCUUUUCAUUUUGGCUUUUCAUUUUCCUUCAAGGACUGACUCAGAGAAAUGUUCAGGAUGCAGACUAUCCAGACUAUAGAGACACAAUUUCCCUUGUUGCGAGAGAUCUUCCACCCUUCUCCUUUCAACAAUCAAGAGAGAGACAGGAGAAAGAGCAGCCUUACAAGCCUCAUCAGAAAACAAAAACAACUACAUAAAGGCUCUGAUUCAAAGCCCCAGUCGUCUGCAGCUUUACCGGGUCGAGCUGAACAUCCCCUGUUUGGCCGGUCAUCCAGCAUCCCGGGAUGCGAAUCAACGAAUCAGUCUUAUGGCCGAGUGAGAGGAAGGAAUCAAGAAGGAGAGAGAGAAAACGUAAAAGAGAAAGAUGAAGUGCCACCCCCCUUCAUGCCUUCCAUCGGAGCGUCACAGGUUACAUCAUCACAACAGCUGCUCCCAACCAGAGAGAGAGAGAGUGAGGGAUUACAGUGUGAGGGACAGAAAAAGCCAGAGGGUGUGGAGCAGAAAUGGGAGGGAGAGACUAAGCAGCAGAGGCAGAAAGAGCCAGAAUGUCAGCCAAAGAAUACUCGCUCUCGGCAUGGCCUGAUCGCUAAAGGGGUUCACUUGCUGAGGAACAUGGGUAACCAGGAAGCCAAGCAAAAGAAGGCAGGUGCAUCCGGUUCAGAGGGCAUCACAGACAGGCAUGGAUUUGAUCACAAAGAUCCUGAAGGCUCCAGAAAGAUAAAGAAGUCUCAGGACAAGAUCAAGAAACCAUCUGCUGAUUUGGCUGAGAAGAGGCCCAAGACCGAGAACUCCAAGAGUUCUGUCUUUUCCAACAUCCACAUCCGGAAGGGAUUGUCCUGGAAGACAGCAUCCAGAAACAAUGUGCAGAUCAAAGGAAAUAAUGGCAGAAGUGGUAGUGGUGAUGGGACCAUUUCAAAUGAUGAUCUAGAAAGCCUUAUACCUGACAGUGAUCCAGAAAAGAGCAGGCAGAUUACAGGAAGUAGACAGUCAUCUGUGGAUAUGGGUGUGGAAGAUGGGAUAAGGGAGAGCAGCAGGUCUGGAUCUGAUACUGAUCUCUGCAGCUUCCAUUCAGCUUCUGAGAAUCAAGAUAUGUUGACGGACAUCCAGAGGACCAUCAGACUGCAGCAGUGGGGCAGUGGAGUAGAGGGACAAAUAUGGACAGAAACAGGGAAACCUGAGAUCAUCCAAGAUGUGGAGAUUAGUGUACGGAGUAAAGACGAACUUCAGGAAGAUGAGAAUUGGUCUUUAGAUGUGGAAGCAAAUGUACCACAUACAUUUCCUUCUUUCUUUGCUAAUUUUGUUGAUGGGAAAGCUAACACCUCAGAAAAUAGACCAAGAAGUCAAAGUGUUCAGAGUCUAGGUAGUACAAAGAUACUGCAUAACCAUAUACUGGCACCUGGCACGAAAACAGGAAGUGGCUUCCACAAUCGGAAUACUAUGAUGACUAUUACAAAAACAGUAAGCAGCCAGAGCAUUCAAACAAAUCUAAGCAAAGAAACCAGUAGCUUGAGCAACCAGGACACCUUAACAACUAGCACAUCCUUUGAGAGUGCCAAUGAGCAUAUGGAAGAAGGUUCACCUCUUUCAUCCCCAACUGAGGAAGGUCUCCAGGGAAUUAACAGCCUGACUCAGAGUUUGGAUAUUAGUCUUAAUUCUAUCGAUCAGCUUACAGACCUCAGUGUUGACCCAGGAACUAUGGUCAGGCAGGUAACCUUCAUGCCACAAAAGAGUAUCAGCAUGGUGGAUCAUAUUGUGGCAACUGGUGAGGAACAUGAUGUCUUUAUGGAAGAGACAAGGCCGGGCAGUACUGCUCAGAAAAGGAAGGAAAGUACUGGCACCUCACAUACCCCAUGGUUGUCAGAAAGCAUUGCGGAUCAAGGCUCACAACCUAGCAAAACCUCAAGUUCUGGGGUCAAACUGUACCCUAUUAUCCAGCCAUCUUAUGUGAAGACCACUACAAGGCAGUUGUCUUCCCCUCCACAUUCACCCUAUGCCACACCUGCUCAAAGCCCGAAGUGUCCACGCAAACUUAGCCAAGACCUUAGCUUGAGUCAGGGGUCACUCCGAGCUGAGCGGUGGAGUACACACAGACAGCGCUCCUGUAGCAUUGCCAACCCAGCAGGUUUUGAUGGUAGCUGGUUUCAGGAUUUUGACGGUUGUCACGAGCUAUUACAAAGAGAGUACCACACUUUCAGAAAUCAACAAUCAUCUUCCUGCUUUCAGGCAACUGCCAGGACCACAUUUCAAGACGUAUUCUUAGGUCAUUCUCUCUUUGAAAGGUUCUCUGAUACUGAUGGUGAAGAAGCUGAAAAGAUUUGUUCACAAUUUCUGGCUUUGGGAAUUCUUCAGCCCUUUAACUACGGCCUCAGACAGCCAAUCACGGGAAGUGAUGCAGUCGACAGGUCCAGUUUUAAAAAGGAGCAGUUGUACACAUGGGCUCCACUCGGUCAGCCUGAAGCUCGGACACCAGGGCGAUUACAAACCCUCUGGCCUCCAGCCUCUUCUACAGCACAGAACAAGUCCACUGUUCCGGAUCGGAAUUCUAAACAAAUUGAUGAGCUGGAAAGAACGAUCAAUGAGUUAAGAGAGAAGAUAUGCUAUCUAGAGCAAGACCGCAAACCCCUGAAUGCUUCUGCUGAGAUAUUGGCAGAUGGUGUUAAUCUUGGUCAUGCAUUUACAAAAGUCAAUGGACGGAUGACUUCUUAUCAGGCAAGGUCAAUCCAAACUUCUCCCAUCAAGGAAGACUUCAAGUUUACAGUGCCUUCAUUUGAUCAGGCAGGAGGUUGUGAUUUGACCGACAGCAUCACCUCAUCUGUGGUACAGCUACACAAAUGCCAAAGAGUACAAAAGAAGGCUACAACACAAAGCCUUCCACCUCCUAUUCUGACUGGUCCAGCUGUAUCCUCAGCUUCUCCUCUGGUGGCCUCAUCUUUGGGACCAACUGAAUCAGUAGUACCAGCUCCUACACAUCCACCAGCUCCUGGAAUCCUGACAUCUGUUCGACUUGUGGUGAAGGUUCCACCUCCUCCACCACUUCUAAUACCUUCUUCAAGCAUUGGAUCCCCACCACAACCACCUUCUUCAAACUUUGGACCACCACCGCCACCACCUCCACCUCUUCCAGGUUUUGGACCACUACCACCACCACCUUUUCCAGGCUUCAGGCCUCCACCACCUCUUCUAGGCUGUGGACCUCCACCUCCACCACCUCUUCCAGGCUGUGGACCUCCACCACCUCUUCCAGGCUUUGGACCUCUCCCUCCACCACCUCUUCCAGGCUGUGGACCUCCACUUCCACCACCUAUUCCAGGCUGUGGACCUCCACCUCCACCACCUCUUCCAGGUUUUGGUCCUCCCCCUCCACCACCUCUUCCUGGCUGUGGACCUCCCGCUCCACCACCUCUUCCUGGCUGUGGACCUCCACUUCCACCACCUAUUCCAGGCUGUGGACCUCCACCUCCAUCACCUCUUCCAGGUUUUGGUCCUCCCCCUCCACCACCUCUUCCUGGCUGUGGACCUCCCGCUCCACCACCUCUUCCAGGCUUUGGACCUCCACCUCCACCACCUCUUUCUGGCUGUGGACCUCCACCUCCACCACCUCUUCCAGGCUUUGGUCCUCCCCCUCCACCACCUCUUCCUGGCUGUGGACCUCCCGCUCCACCACCUCUUCCAGGCUUUGGACCUCCACCUCCACCACCCCUUUCUGGCUGUGGACCUCCACCUCCACCGCCACCUCCUGGGUGUGGACCUGUUCCUCCACCCUCUUUCAGGAUGAUGUCAGUGGGUUUCUCUCAGGACUCUGUCCCCUUGAAGGCAAUCAUAGAGCCUCCACGACCCAUGAAGCCUUUAUACUGGACCAGAAUACAGCUGCACGCCAAAAAAGAUCCAAACACACACCUGGUAUGGGAGAAGGUGGAGGAGCCACAUGUUGACUUUGAAGAGUUUGUUGAGCUUUUUGCCAGAAGUGCAGUGAAAGAGAAGAAGAAACCAAUCUCUGAUACUAUUUCCAAAUCCAAGACUAAACAGGUGGUGAAGAUUUUGAGUAAUAAGCGUUCCCAGGCUGUAGGAAUCCUGAUGUCCAGUCUGCAUUUGGACAUGAAGGACAUUCAGCAUGCCAUCUUGAACAUGGACAGCACGGUGGUGGACCUGGAGACUCUUCAGGCACUGUACGAAAACCGAGCACAAAGAGAGGAAAUGGAUCAGCUUGAGAAACACAUCAAGUCCAACACGGGGAAGGAGAAGGUCAAACCGCUGGACAAGCCUGAACAGUUCCUGCUGCAGCUGUCGGAGGUUCCUCAGUUCUCUGAGCGAGUUUUCUGCAUCCUGGUUCAGUCCACAUUCACUGAGAGUAUCAGCUCUGUACAGAGGAAAAUCAGCCUGCUGCAGAGAGUGUGCACGGCUCUGAGAUGCAGUGAAGGUGUGCUGCAGGUUCUCGGGCUGGUUCUGGCGUUGGGGAACUUCAUGAACGGAGGGAACAGGAGUCGGGGACAAGCAGACGGCUUCACCCUCGACGUCCUUCCCAAGCUCAAAGACGUUAAGAGCAGUGAUAACUCCCGGAGUCUCCUGUCCUUCAUCGUUUCUUACUAUCUGCGACACUUUAAUGAGGUCUCAGGCCAAGACACGUGUGUGUAUCCUUUGCCGGAGCCGCAGGACUUUUUCCAGGCGUCGCAGAUGAAGUUUGAUGACUUUCGGUGUGACCUGUGUAAACUACGCAAAGAUUUAAAUGCUUGUUCUUCUGAGAUGGAGAAAGUGUGUGCUGUGUCUUCAGAGGAACAUCUACAGCCCUUUAAGGAUAAAAUGGAAGAGUUCCUUUCUCAGGCCAGAACUGAGCUUGAAGUCCAGGACAAACAGCUCACUGAAACACAGAAAAGCUUCCUGGAACUGAGUGCAUUUUUCUCAGUCAAACCUAAAGGAGAGGAAAAGGAGGUGUCCCCGAACACGUUGUUCUCUGUGUGGUACGAGUUCUCCUCCGACUUUAAGGACCUGUGGAAAAAAGAGACCAAACUUCUGCUGAAGGAACGGUUAAAAGCAGCCGAAGAGACGAUCAGACAGACGAGGGAAAAGGCCGCCUACAGCGUCAAACCCAAACAUGCCUCCGGGAUGAAAGCCAAACUGGGGCAGAAGAUCUGAAGCUUGGCGGUGCUGUUAAACAUUUUCUGUCCUCUUACGCUCCUGAUUAAACGCAAGCUGAGCUAAAUCAUUAGCUGUUGAAAUGAAUCAGUGCUCAAGCCAAACAGAAAUGAGAAACACUGACCUGGGAAGCAAAUGACAAUCAGAUUCUAGCCAUUUUAUAUCAACUAAAGUAGCAAUGAAUGAUGUUUACUCUGCAUUUACUCUUUCUCUUUUGUUUCUUCUGAAAGUGUAAACUGGAACUUUGCUAUUUAUGAUUGUAGACAAUAAACAUAUCCAGCAUCUUGCUCACUGAAGUGUUUUGUUCCUCCAAUUCUUAUUCAUAUUGCUAAUCUCAACUGGAAGACCUUCGAUUUGUUUUAGAUUAGCAUCCCUAUAGUCAAUUUGUGGAAAAAACUUUGGACAAUAAACACGAUACUUAAAUAGCUUAAAUAGCUAGCAGUUUCUGAUUGGAUGUCUAUUGCUAAGCAACUAGCUGUAAGAUUCUAACAGCACAUCGUUUCACACUGUAGACAUUUGUCACCAUGAUGUAACAGUUGUGCUGAUUCAGCUACAGAGCAGGGUUCAUAACCCCGGGGUAAAGGACCUGCUUUAUCACCCCACUUCUAUAUUAUAAGAGUGUAACACUCUUCUACCCAGAGGUACGGUGGCCAACAAAAUAACAACUAAGAUUGCAAAAUAUCAAAUCCAAAAACAAAAUAACAAAUCUGAGAACAAAAUAACAAUUCGGACAAACCAGAAAAGGUAGGUAUAGUUUGUGAAUGGAAUUCUUCCCGCUGAUUGGACGAGACAUCUGUCACUCAGGAUAUAGGGGAAGUCCAGCAGGCUGCAGCAGUAGAAAGUGGAUUGGUGUGUGUAUGAACACAGCUCUGCCCUUAUAACGCUCCUUACAUCCUUUAAUCUAGAAUAGUUUUGUCUUCUAAACAUACCUGGUGUGCUUUUAGAGAUCGCAAGCUAAUCUUUAUGCCAUGAUACGAUCAGUAUAUCCAAAAUCACGCCAAAUGAACGUCCUUCCUCAAAGUAGCGCUGAAUGAAUUCCAUUUUCUCCUUUCUUGCCAAUGGAAAUGUUUGUUAUUUUCCUAGAUUUAAAGUUGCACUAUCAAAAAAAUAUGGUUUAAAGUGAAUGCAGAACUCCUGACAUGUACAAGAAAUAAAGUUAGAUACACAAUUUCCUACUGCUUGUAUAUCUGCGACAGAUGUCUCGU